UAAGCCGAAAAGAAAAUAAAUGAAUGAAUUUAACCACUACAGAGACAUACAUAAGAACCAAUGGUAGAUUCCAGAAUAGGUGUCAGUGGCAAUUCUGCUCUAAGUGGAAAGCAAUAAACGCCUGCACAUUUUUAAAUUUGCAACUACAUCAAGUCUUUACUCCUACAUCAUUGCAAAUUUAUUGUGAGCUUAGUCCUCCACCAUCACUGACAGCUGUUGCCAGAGUGAUACAAAAGUGAAGAGGUUGGAGGAGUGCUGUUUUGUUAUCACUCACUAUUCUCACAGCCAGUUAAAUUUUAGAACCAUUAACCAAAUGUUAAAUUUAAAUGUAUGGAAAAAAUAUUUAUUUUAUUCACACUAUAUUUUGAUUCACUUCAUUUGUUUUAAGCAUUAGACAACAUUCAUCCCACUUUGUUUCUGACUAUAUAAAAAAAGAAUCAUGGAAUUAGUGGUUUUUUAAAAAUGUUUCAGUUCAGUCAGUAAACUAAUUGUGAUGCUGAAAACAUACUGAAUGUGGCCUAUAUAUUAGUUGAAUUCCUUCUAGUACUACAUCGCAUUCGCACAGUUGAUGUUAUAUUAAAAAAGUGUGCCAUGUGUGAAGAAGAAAGGGACUCUAUGUUUGCAGAGCAUCUUUGAAGGGAGGGCUGCGCCUGAAUAAUGAAUAAUGGCUGGGUUUGUGCUCCAGCUGAGUGAAUUAAACAUGAAGCCAACACUAGCAAACUUACAGUUCCGCAGAUCGAGUUUCCAACAGGAUUCCCCAGGUAAGAUGCUCAAGGGGCGUUGAUGUCAUUGCGCGGAAGUGAGCAGGACCACAGUGCUGGGCACAGAUAGCAGUGCCACUGAAGAAGACAAUAGAGAAGGACAACCUGGGAGUCUCAACUGGAAUUCACUACUGAGCUGGAGCAUCAACGGGGUUCAGGAUGUCACAUCAGACGGGGAUUCACGCAACUUCAGACUUAAGAGAGUUCCUCAUAAAGGCCAGAAGAGGAGCUUUCAGAGCACUGAAGAUUGUUAUAAGGAGCGAGCAGCUGGUGUUGGGAGCAUACAGAGAGGUUUCUCAGAGCUGGGAUCAGGACUAUGACGCAUGUGUUUUGCCUAUGCUGGAUGGCCUGGAACCCUGUUAUAUCCUGUACCGGCUCGACUCACACAACCAGCUGGGAUAUGAGUGGCUGUUUAUCUCCUGGUCACCAGACCAGUCUCCAGUGAGGUUAAAGAUGGUUUAUGCUGCCACUCGAGCCACACUGAAGAAAGAGUUUGGGGGAAGCCACAUAAAUGAUGAAGUGUUUGGAACAGUCCAGGAAGACAUCUCUUUUCAAGGUUAUCUACGACACCUGUCUUCUUCCUCCUGCCCAGCUCCCCUCACCACUGCUGAGCAACAGCUUCAUCAGAUCAAAAUCACAGAGGACAAAGUGGCACGGGACGAGCGAAGAAUUGUUCGCCCUGUUGCCACUGUUAGUGGGCAAGGAAAGACAGAGAUCAACGUGGAGAGUAAAAACCCGACUUUGCAGGGUUUAGCAUUCCCAUUGCAGGAGGAGGCUAAACAUGCUUUACAGCAGUUUAAACACAAGCGCAUCAAUUACAUUCAACUAAGGCUAGAUACUGAACGAGAGACUAUUGAACUGGUCCACACUAGUCCAACAGAGACCAAAGAGCUGCCAAGCAGAAUCCCCACUGAUGCCCCGCGAUACCACUUCUUUCUCUACAAGCACGCACAUCAAGGACAGCCUCUGGAAGCUGUAGUUUUCAUCUACUCCAUGCCUGGGUAUAGCUGUAGCAUUAAAGAAAGGAUGCUCUACUCCAGCUGUAAGAAUCGACUGCUGGAUGAGGUCGAAAGAGACUAUCACAUAGAGAUCGCCAAAAAGAUGGAGAUUGAAAGUGGAGACGGGCUGACGGAGGAUUUUCUGUAUGAAGAGGUAUACCCGAAACACCAUGCGCUGAGGCAAGCCUUCAGCAAGCCAAAAGGCCCAACAGGGAAACGAGGGAACAAGCGGCUCAUCAGAGGAGCUGGAGAGAAUGGAGAUGAGAGCUAGACUCAUAGGCCUACAGUAAAAACAAAACAUUUUAAAUGACAUCUAAUACACGUUUCAUUUCACCCUCAUUUCUCUGUAGCCAGUUUCUUGCUUAAGCUGUACCUUUCCUUGUUAUCAUUUUUUAUGUUUGACUUUGAUAAUCUCCUUUCACUCUGAUACAUAUUCUGGCAUGGUUUACAAGGCCACAUAAAGGUGUUGUUUAGGUGAUGAUUUUUAUGUAAUAAUUCCCAAUAAAAUACAUUAAUCUGUCUUAUUAA